CCAGCUCAGUUCGUUUCGAAGCGUGCUCCGGUGCGAACGUGUUUUAGCUUCUUCACCUCUCCGGAGGCCCCAACAACCGAGAGUCAUCAUUGGCGUCAUUUGUCGUUUACUGAUAAUCAGCACAACACUUUCUUCGCGGCGCAGAGAAACAAAGACCGGCUUUCGUUGGACACCACCUGUAACACGCCGAAAGGCGGGAAAUAGUUACCGACCUUUCGGAAUUACAAACACUCGAGAGUCGUAACUUCAGCAGGAUCGUGAUUUGUUUGUCCAUUCAUUCGAUCGGGUUGCUCGCUGCGUAACGAAGCUUGAAAACAUUCAACGUGAAAUUCGAUACUCGAACCGGUGGGUCAGAUUUCUGCGGCACUUUAAGCGACCUGUGGUAUUUCCACCUUUUUGCCCUCCGCCUCCUUUGUUUUGUGUGUACUGCUUAUUACAUUAUAGGUUAGACGGUUCUCCGCCUAAAUAGCGAAUAAAGUCGACGCUGUAAUGUGAUUUCGUGUGAAGCGGCUUGUGUGGAUCGUGAAACAAUCAAACAAGAGAGAAAAAAAUGUUUGUAAUGUGAGAUUGUAUUUCUGAGGAAUUAAACACCGCUAGGCCCUGGGGAAACCGACAACUGAUUAAAGUCUUUCAUUACCAACAACAGUGACGGAAACGAAGGAAUGUGGUUUGGUCGAAAUAGGCUUUGAGUCGAAAACAUCAAAAGUGAAGAUAGUCAAAGGAAUACCGAGGAGAAGAAGAAACGAGUGCGAGAUUCAGUGCAAGGAAGGUGUAAAUUUCCAUCUGCUAAUUGAAGCCGUUUUACCGUUCUGUGGGUGGUUAUCAUGGCACCCGUUAAAACGCUCAUUGUGAAUCUCCGUACGUAUGAGAGCUUCUUCUAAUUUUGCACGAUCACGAACCAAUUGGUUAAGGAAAAAGUAGGUACCUACCAUUCCGUAUCAUCAUCCUGUGAACAAACCACCCGCAAGCCGCUUGGCUACGACUUGGGUGCGACGAAACUAAAUUUACGCAGGAUUUGUACGGACGGAGUUUUAAUCCCUCGCAAAGUGGAUUAGUGACGACGGAGUGAAACACUCGAACGAACGAACAAACGGUCCGGUGCAAUUGUGAAAAGCGGUUUCCCGCAGCGCUCCUCUCGUGGUGUCUUUGGAUUAGGUCAAAACACUUGAAGCUUAUCACCGAUUCAGGACACAUCCGCUCGUAUCAACAGGCUUUUUUUCGCCCCAUCUGUUGUUCAUCUUGUUUGAUCGGCGCCCUUCUUGUCCCCGUUUCCGCCUGCUGUUCAGCCGUAACUAACGGGUUCGAGUGUGCACUUUGCCAGGACAACCCAUCCAACCGGAAACCCCCAUGGCUAGACCUUUUUUCUAAGCCAUACAAUACGGAAGCUGGUAGGACAAAUUUACUACCGCCGUUUGGUUUUCUCCUGCCCUUGCUGCCCUUUACCCCGGUCGUAUUGUAAAAGGGCGAAACAAGAGGAAGAAUGUAGAAUGAAAAUUCCAAGCUCGAAGAACAAUUACACUGUCCACUGCUGGUGUUGCUGUUGCCUCCUCCGCCUGCACAAUCCUGCUGCUGCUCUUGUUUGCGCCAAAUUGGACAACGCAAUAUGCACAUCGGAUCACUCAGCGGAACCAGCGGCGACGACCAGGGCAAAAGUGGACGACGACGAUGUGGCGGCGCCGGCGGAAACUCUAUUGGGGCGGGGAAAAUUUUACUCUGCUGCGUACACAUUCAGUUGCUGCUGAUCAACGAUGCACUGGUGCACGGGAUGCUGCGCAAAGGUCGCCUCAUGGUACCGACGGUUUACGUGGCCCAAACGGACGAUCUGGAUGUCCAACUGCAGACAGACCGUACCCCAGCUGAGCUGAUGACACAGCAGGGUACCGAAGAGGACUUGAAGCUGCAAAUUUCCCUCGUUAAACCGAGCGGUGGGACGAGAAUCUCGCGGCUGGACAUCGUACCGGAUGUGAAUCACAACGUGACGCAAAUAAAGAUACCCUGCAGCUAUUUCAUGUACGGUGGAAAUUACGAACUAAGUGUAGAGCGAUCCACCGCAAGCCACAGUAGCAGUGUUAGUCCAGUGGAAUUGGAUGAGCGGCUUAGGCAGCAGUUGAAUGUGAGUUGGCCAAAGCCAACCGUGAGUUUAGUGCCUGGUACUAUUAGUACUUACCCGGGGGAAGUUGUCCGGGGGACGUUACAGUUUCCCGAUGCUCGUUGUCCCAGUUCAACGGUGGUCGUCAAUGACGAGUCAGUUGACGUACCAGAAUUUUGGCUCGAGCUGGUCUACUGUGGCCAUAACGAGGAGUGUCCACUGGAAACUAUUUCCAAACCUCAAAUCCUAUUCUCCGAACAGGUUCGGGGCUAUCCUAGCUUAAGAAUAAUUAAUUUUCGCUGUGAUCUAUUCGGACUAGCCGGAUACUAUCUGUUACAUUUGCGUUCGGGCAGCUGGGAUCCGACACUGGCGGGAGUUUUGGCUGGCGCAAGAGCCCUGCUGAAAGCUGACUGGAGCAAGCAGUACGUUUUUACCGUCCACGCUCGAAGUAUAUUCCCUUGCGAUGCCCAUAGUUCCGGUAUUCGAGUUCUUUUCCAAUACCCUUCUUGUAUUUUAAACCACUCCGAUCGGAUACGGGUUUAUGCCAAACUCCGGGCGGAUGUUUUCUCGCUGGUGCCUCCAACCUCACUGCACUACAUUGCGGAACAGCGUGUCCAGAAGGGACAGCACGCGCUCUACUUCGAGUGCGAUCUAUUCUACGAAAGAUAUAUCGAGUACUGCUUUGUGUACGUGAGUCAGGCCAUUUCCGGUGCCGUAGCCGACAUUCGGAUGGAUUGCGUGCCGACGCUUCCGGUGUUGCCUUCCGAUUCCGGCGGAUGGGGUUCGUGGAGCAAUUGGACACAUUGUUCUACCACGUGCCGUGGUGGAGUGCGGAAUCGUUACCGUUUCUGCGACUCGCCACCACCCCGAUAUGGAGCCAAAUUUUGCGAGGGUCCCUCAGUGCAAACCGAACGCUGCGGAACGCAGUCCUCGUUCGAUUCGUGGGAGUGUAUGUUCAGUCCGGCGGCCGGUAGCACCCUUCCUGCAGAAAUCGGUUCGGUCAGUACAGAAAUUGGUCCGGCAUGUCGGUGUGGUUGUGUGAUUCACCUGGGAGUGGUAAAGCCAAAACGAAUGGUCGCAUCCUCUUCGGAAAGUUGUCCCGAGCGUAGCCUUUGGCUCGUCCAAGGGGACGUGGGUCACCGGAUACGUUUUACGAUGGACUUCAGCAAGUUCCCCUGUGACCAGCAGUGGCUGAAGGUACGUGAUGGCGAUAAGUUAUCACAGGAAUUGAUUCUGGAGUACGCCUCCGGUCAUAUCGAGUCCGGUAAAAGCGCAGAAUCCAGCGGACCGCUGCUUUUGGUGGAGUUUCACUCGAAAAAAAUGGAACAUUACGAUGAAAACUGUAUAGCGGGUUUUUUGGCGCAAGCGGAGCAAAUAAAAAUCCUUACCCAACAGCAAAAUGUGUCAGUUUCGAUUGCUAGCCGAGUCAUUAUGCCGUUUGUCCAAUCGCUCAGCCAUGCCAACUUCUCCCUAGUUCACCUCUGUGCAAUAUUAUUCCUAAGCUUUAUAAUCGUCAUAAGCAUCCUGCUGUUAAUGCAGUACGUGUUCCGCUAUCGAAAGUACGAACUUGCAAUCGGCCAGAUGGAAGCCGAUUCGCCAGCUCACACUUUGUUCGGUUCCGGUGUUUCGCUGAACCAUGCACAGCAGCCACGUUCUCGGGCCAUGUCUACAACCACACUUAUCUCGGAAAUCAUCUCCUAUGUUAAGCUGCGCCCCAAAAACGGCUCCAUCAAACAUCAUCGCUUCCGGGAAAGCGUCGAAUACACCUUGGAAAAUGCUGAUCCUUCUUCGGACGCAAGCGCAGAGCUUGUAACGAAAGAAGUCUCUUGCGAGAAGAGGGAUGAAAUACCUCUGCAAAAUCUGAACAAUUUGGACAAUCCAAAAAACGAAUGUACGAGUGACGACUGCAGUGAAUCACGAACGGAAGUCGUCGAUCAGUUCUCGGACGAUCAGUCGAUCACGAAUGCCGCCAGUUCGGCCUAUUCUACCCUGAAUCGCGAGGACACACCACUAGUGAACCGACGGGAACCUGCGGUGAAGAAAAGAACUCCUGAGCACAGAAGCGGAACCAAAAGUGAAGGUGAUCGCUCCCCGAACGAGAAGUCAUCUAUGCCAACCAGUAGCAGCACCGUAACCCUUACCAAUAUUAGUCCCUCGGAUGUUGAAUGUUCUUCUCCGGCGUCAAGCACGGCCAUCAGUGCCAACGGCACUCGCACUCGUAAUCUCAAAGAAAGCAAAGAAAAGAAAAACCUUCAGAAGUUGCUGGCUGGGUCGGACUUUUCGCUCGGCCAUCCAGAGGACAUGGAAAUGGAUUAUUACGAUUACAACGUGACGAAUGCCGGAGCUGCUCCGGGUUCAUACCUCGGUAUGGAUCCAGCUUUUUUAGUGUGGAUUCCUCCACUCAACGAUGAAGAGGACAUCAUUUCGGAGGAGGUCGAUCUUGAGCGAGAGGCAAACGGCAACAGCGACGUGGCAGCAGAGGCCUCUGAACCGCGAAGCAGCAACACGACACCAAACGAGGAGAUAAUAAAGAUACUGCACCAAAAACGUCACGACUAUCUACUGGUUAACAGCAUCUCCCGGAGCGACAUCUAUUCGGACAGCGAGCACUCGGACAAUCGAAACGGAUCGCGGGAGCCCAGCGGAAGACGGAAUCACUUGCAGGAACUGGCGCUGAGUAACGCCAGGCGAAAAAUAAACUCCCCUGCUGACGAUUCCUCGGAGGAGAAAGAGAAAGAAACUUCCUUCACCAAAUCACCGGUGGAUAAUAAACAAAUCGCUGACUUUUACGAGAUGGCGGACAUUCAGUUCGCGGACGAUGAAGACGACGAGGAUGAGGAGGUGAAGUCCCGGGUAGCGAGGACGAUGCAGAAGGCUGAAGCAGCCGUUGAUGGCACGACGAAACUGACCAAGGUGUGAAAUGUACAAUAGACUGGGCAUAUCGAAGUAAUGGCGGAGAUUUUCAGCCGUGUGUGUGAUUGUAGGAACCGCUUACCGGAAGCUGUUUCCGCUAGUCAGGUUAUUUCCUCCCGAGAGGAUCCGACGUCGGUUAGUGUAGUGAGAAUAUUUACGUAGCAAAACAUAGUUUUAUCAAUCAAGCAAACAGCAGUGCAGAAUGUAAUGCUUAUGAUGCCAUUCGGGAAACGUAUAGCAACGGAAAAUUAGUGUUUUUGAACAGAACAUAUGAUUGGGGUACAGAAAUUUUAGUUGAAAGUGGUUAGCGUCCAUCAAAGCUAGCCGAGACUAGGGAAAACUGUCAGGGUUGCUGACAGGCAUAAUUUUCGAUCCAUUUGAUUUUGAUCCUAUUGGAAAUGGCUCGAGAUACGAUUUCAAAUUUGUUUACACCCAUUUUGCUGAUUUAAAAACAAUCUAUCAGAGCACAAAGUAUUUUUUUUAAUAAAUAAUUUUCGAUAAUAAAUAAAAUUUGAGGUUCAAGUUGCAUAACCGUUUACCGCCCGUCUCGUGGCACGGUUUGGAGUCACUACCUGUUUAUAAGUCGUCAAUCAACGACACUCUUGGUUCAUAUCGGACUGAUAGCGCUGGCGACUCUUUUUAUCAGCGUUACGGUUUUCGAUUUCUACCCUAUCUAGGCUUCCCGACUGACGACAAGCGUUGCACGAAACCUUUUAUUAUUUUAACGACAAGCUGUCAAGUUUACUCACCAAGUCAGCGUGUAAUUUAACUGAACAGUUCUUUAGCAUACGGCCAUUUGAUAAUUGUAUGGUAUUUUCCAGCCGAUUCCUUUGUCUUCUGCUAAACUUACCUGUAUCCACUAACGGUUUUAACCUUCGAUGAUAACUAAAUUGUUGCAGUGAUCACGAUUUCGGUAACACAAAAAUAAAACAAAACAACCUUCUGCCGCGUGUUAAAGUGGCGAUAUUCUCCGGUUGCUUCGAUGCGCCAGAUGACAGGGCAACAAAGUUGCAGGUAUUCAGCAUGAAUUAAGCGUUUGCUAAUAUUCAAUUAAAAAAAUCCACUUCGUCAUUGCGUCGAUGACUUCCUUAACCAAAAAAUAAUAUAGUGGCAUCAUAAGCUGCGCUUUCGCCGACAUAAUUUCAUUGACCAACAGAAAACGCAUAAGAAAUAAGUAAUUAGAUGGAAUUGAAUGAACGUACGUGUAAAAAAACAUUGCCUAACAGGUGAAAUCGUUUGUAAACUAAAAAAAGAAACAUUUAAUGAGUGUAGCUUGUAGGAAAAUUGUAUUCACCAAAAAACAAAAACCUAAACCCGAACGUUCGGCUCUUUGAUUACACCUAUACGCUUCUGCUGCUAUUAGACGGCUAACACAGGAUACGAAAAAUGAAAAAAUCAAAUUCUAUUUCUUCUUUUAUUGACUAAAAUUAACUUAGCGUUUAAGGCAAUUCGAUGUAUUGUUGAAUUAAGUGAAUCCAGUUUGUACAAAGAAAAGAAAAAAAAAUGAAAUAAGUACUGUGCAAUCGCUUUCAGCUAUUUUUGCGCUUAAAAUUUUUACGUUUGUAGUUUGAAAUGUAACAAAAAAAAAACAGAAAAAGUACCAUUAUUUUGAACCCAAAUGGUUAGGUAAUUUGAAACGUAGAAAAUCGGUCCUCGAGUGUGCGGCCUGUUACUUAAUGUUGUUUUACUUUUAGGUUCUCUAUCUUUGCUCGAAAUGAACGAAAUAAAGAUGAAAAGUAUUAUCCGA